AUGCGGGCUCUCCUAUCCAACCGAGCGCUGGCCCACACCAAGGCUAGGCGGUUUGAGAAGGCCCUGGAAGAUGCCGAGGCUGCAGUGGCCCUGGCUCCAUCCUGGGACAAAGGAUACUGGAGGAAGGGUGUAGCACUGGAAGGCUUGCAUCGGAUUGCAGACGCUGUGCAGGCCUUUCUGAGGGGAGCCAUCCCCAAGGCUACUGUGGAGUGUGUCCCUGUAGAUGCUCUUCACGAAGCUGCUUUCCUGGUUGUCAAGCAAGCUCAUCACGGCGUCCCCAGUCCGGGGCCUUACUAUGCCAGGUACCUCUCCUGGCUCACAUCGGGCAUCUCCCCACCAGCCGCCCUGAUAGAGCGCUCUCGCAUUCACGCCGCGGGCCGCUGCUUCCUCCAGGCGGCUGCGGAUGCCGAGCACGGCGUCCGCCUCCUGUUCAAAGCCGAUAUCCACGGUAUUGAGCUGGCGCAGGCGUAUGCCUGUCAGGGCGCCGGGUACCUGGCGGUGCAGGGCCAUGCCGACCGGGCCCCUGCGCCUGCCGCCGCCUGCUUCCUCAAGGCUCUGGACAACGAUCAGGGGCUGCUGUCUGUGCAAGCGAGCUUGGAAGAGGCUGUGAAGGACCUCACCAAGGAGGAGUAUGACCAGGCCUCCACCAAGGCCCUGACAGCGGGCGUGCGACAGGCACUCCGUGCCGCCCUUGCUUCUGCUGCCGGCCUUGAGCUGCGACGAGUCACCCUGGACCGCGUGUCAAACCCUCGGCCAGACUCUCCCUACUUGGGAGUUCGCCUGGAGGCUGCUGUGGGCGGGAAUGAGGAGGCCGCAUACCAGAUCCUGAGGCUUGUCGAGGGCACUCCAGCAGCGCAGGAGGCUGCCUUGGAGAGCGUCCUAUCCGCGGUUUCAAGCCUGGGACCUGUGGAUCAUGGGGCCAGUUCGGCAGACGUGGUGGACAUCACCCCCAGGGGCGUGCAGCCCCUGGAUGCCGGCGGCCCUGACUCGGCCGGGCCGCUCGUCCCAGCCACCCCACCCAAAAUGGAGCUGGAGGUGCCGUAUCGCAUGUAUCGCAUCACCCGCAUCGAUGGAUCCACGGUGGACAGGGUGGACAAGCACCCCUUCUGCAUGAGCCGAGUGUACUAUGAUGCGGCGGAGAAGCCGGAGGAGCUGUGGGCCGAGCUGGCGGAUGGAUCUUGCCGUUGGAGGCAGACCGGUGCUGAGGUCAAGGUCUGCGUGCUGAAAGUGCCGCACACGCUGCGCCCCCGCCAGCUCAGCGUGACCCUGGAGCCCUACUCCAUCAAAGUGUCAAACAAGGACACGGGGGAGGUGUACCUGGAGGGCACCCUGGAGCGGGGCAUCGUGCCCGAGGACUCUGUGUGGACGCAUGGCGGUGGGAGCGGCGAGGACGGGACCAUGCUGUACCUUCAGAAGAUGAACCUGGAGCUCUUGCAAAAGUGA